CGGUCAUUCACUGGGUAUCUGACACAAGUCGUACAGCGUCCACACCAACAUGAACUCUAAGGUCCUCCUUCUCGUGACUCUCGUGGCUGUCGCCGCCGCUGACAGGCGACCCUACUCCUACUCCGCCCCAGAGUUCUCUUCCGAGGAAUUCGGCCCCGCCAACUACAACUUCGACUGGGCGGUCCAGCACAGCGACUCCGGCAACAACUUCGGCCACCAGGAGGCCCGCGACGGCCACGACACCCAAGGAUCCUACUACGUGCAGCUCCCCGACGGCCGCCUGCAGACCGUCAGGUUCACUGUCCAAGGAGACUCAGGAUUCCUCCCUGAGGUGUCCUACGAAGGAGAGGCUCGUUACCCUGACUCCUUCGAGUCGUUCGAGUCGUUCGAGUCUCGUGAAUCUCGUGGCUACGCCCCUCCAAGGCCCGUGUAUGGUUAGAAUUUGCCAAAGAUUGAGAACUCGUUGCCACAUCGGUCACCAUCACUUCCUCAGAUAAUUUAUUUUACAUCACGUGCAAUAUAUAAUGUUACCUUUGAUUUUGAAUAAAUCAAGCAGAUAAAGCUAA